GCCCCCGAAAACCACCUCUACAAUCAACUCAUCGAAUGAAAUGAAAGACUUGUCAUUUUUCUUCCUCAAGAACUCCUUCGGAGGCAAGAUGAAAAAAGGUAUCAGGAAUUUUUGCAAUGGAGAUGGCUCAACAUCUACUCUCAAUCAACACCACCUAAAACCCUGUAAUGAUCCUAUCCAUGUCGAUGAUGAUGAUAUGGCUUCAGUUGACAGCCAGAGAAAACAACCCACGUUGGAGGAGAUGAUAUUGCAGUUGGAGUUAGAAGAGGAGAUCUCAAGAAAAUCUAAGCUCAACGAGUUGGUGGCAAUGAGGGGUAGAAGAAUGUCCUGCGUCAACAAUUCUGAUAUCCUGCGAUCAGCAAGAAAUGCACUGAAUCAGUACCCUCGUUUUUCUCUCGAUGGAAAGGAUGCCAUGUACCGAUCUUCUUUCCGCAACUUGGAUCAUCAUCAAGUUGCUGGUAGGAAAUCAGUCUGCUGCUGCGAUGGAAGAGGAGUGCUGAUGAGAGAAAGAAAUGAUGGUUUUCUUGACAGGAGGAACUCCUGUUUGCCAACAAGUUUACGAGGAGAAAAUGUGGUAUGGUGCAAGCCAGGAGUGAUAGGAAAACUGAUGGGUCUAGAUGCUAUGCCAGUGCCAGUACACAAUAGAAAGGAGACGAUAAGCCCCAUUAUAAAGAGGCAGAGUCUUAGAAGAAGAGUGGAACGCCAUGAAAUGGAGAGAAGAGAUAUGAAGGAAAUAUGUAAUAGAGGGAUGAUGAGGAGGAUGCCUUAUUCGUCUUCUUCUUCUUCUUCUUCUUCGUAUAGAAAGACUCCUGGCGGAGGAUAUUGUGUGAUGAAGCCAGUUUCCAUAGAGCCACUCACCAUUAAUGAUGGUGGCUGGCCUACCCGACGAUUUCCCUCUCGAAAUCAGCCCUAAUUAAUACUUGUUAGUAUGCCUUUUUUUGGUUAUAACCUCUUGCGUUUUAUUAGUGAAGAAAUCUACAUGUAUAGUCUCAACCUAAUUACAACACUCUAUUUCACCAAGUCUUUCACUUAGACUAUGCCAAAAAAGAAAAACUAAUAAGGAGAAAGUACAAAAUCUAAUCUUGUAGUUUGAUUUUUUAACAAUUUACAUCCAAAUUCAUUAGCAUUACUAAUUCAAUAAUUAUAAUUCAUUAGUUUAAUGUCAAUUGUUUGUAAUUCCA